AUGGUGACUCCAAGGCCACAGCAGCGCUAUAAAAACCUCACUCUCUGUAGCUACAGCAGUGUGAAAUCAUGGCUCUCCUUUGGAUUCUCUCUUGCCUUGCCUUUAUUGGCGCAACAUACGGUUGUGGUGUUCCUGCCAUUUCUCCCGUGGUCACUGGAUACGCCAGGAUUGUGAAUGGCGAGGAGGCUGUGCCCCACUCAUGGCCCUGGCAAGUGUCCCUGCAGGACAGCACCGGCUUCCAUUUCUGUGGUGGUUCCCUGAUCAGUGAGUACUGGGUGGUGACUGCUGCUCACUGCAAUGUCAGGACCUCUCACCUUGUGAUCCUUGGAGAAAAUGACCGCGACUCUAAUGCAGAAAACAUCCAGGUUAUGAAAGUUGAAAAGUCCAUCAGGCACCCCAAAUACAAUCCAUUCACCAUCAACAAUGAUGUUGCUGUGAUCAAACUGGCCUCUCCUGCUCAGCUCAACACCCGUGUGUCCCCUGUGUGUCUGGCCGAGACCAGUGACAACUUCCCAGGUGGCAUGAAGUGUGUCACAACUGGCUGGGGCUUGACCAGAUACAAUGCUGCAAACACUCCUGCUCUCCUGCAGCAGGCUGCUCUGCCACUGCUGACUAACACCGAAUGCCAGAAAUACUGGGGCAAUAAAAUUACUGACCUGAUGGUCUGUGCUGGAGCCGCUGGUGCUUCCUCCUGCAUGGGUGACUCUGGUGGCCCACUGGUGUGCCAGAAAUCUGGAGUUUGGACCCUAGCUGGUAUUGUCUCCUGGGGCAGUAGCACCUGCUCUACCUCCUCACCUGGAGUGUACGCUCGGGUCAGUCAGCUUCGCUCCUGGAUCGAUGCGACCGUCGCCUCCAACUAAAUCCUCCAUGGUGGCUUGAUCCUAUUCUCUAUUUCUUCCAGUGAAAUAAAGAUCAUUACAUUGCACAUCA